GGGGCCUUUUUAUAACGCGGUCGCCUCUGAAUAAGGUCUAUCCGGCUCGGUGUCUGACUUGUUACACUAUUGUAUCAUUGCACCAACUUCAGCCGUAAGGUUUAUUGUGCUGCAGAUGAAUGAGUCGCAUCUAUAUCAAGAUAUGCAUGUGCAACUGAAUACCUGUUUCCCUACUGCCAUUAUUUUCAAUUGUAGCUCACAUAUCGAAUAAUUUAACAACUUUUAAUAUAAACAUUUAAUAAUUUAAUGCAUCUUGUUUCCUGGGAACUGUGUUGAGUUUAUGUUGCAGCUGUUCAGCUCAUUUACAAACAGAAAAACAAUCCUGAUGGAUAUUAUUAUGAACAAGAUGAAAGCCUCAGUAAAAAGCAGGAGAACAUCACUAAAGAGAAAAGAAAACACGAUAAUGUCUCCUCAAAAGAAGAAACCAUGUUUCAAACAAAUCAAAGAAGAGCUACCAAAGGAAAAUAUAUAUCAUACUUUUAAAAAUCCUGGUGAAAUCUACUCAUUUCGGGCAAGCUUACUGUCUUGGUAUGACAAAAACAAAAGGGAGUUACCCUGGAGGAGAAUGGCUUUGUCGGAAUCCAAUUUGAACAAAAGAGGUUAUGCAGUUUGGGUAUCUGAGAUUAUGUUGCAGCAAACUCAAGUUGCCACGGUGAUCGACUACUAUAACAAAUGGAUGCUGAGAUGGUCAAACUUGCAGGACCUGGCCAAAGCCACCCUUGAGGAAGUUAAUCAAAUGUGGUCCGGUCUUGGAUAUUACUCCAGGGGAAAAAGACUGCAUGAAGGAGCUCAGAAGAUUUCAUCAGAGUUCAAAGGUGAAAUGCCAAGGAGUGCAGAAGAGCUGCAAAAGCUGCUACCUGGAGUUGGGAGAUACACAGCUGCUGCUAUUGCCUCAAUUGCAUUUGAAGAGGUGAUUGGUGUGGUAGAUGGGAAUGUAACACGAGUUCUAUGUCGUGCAAAAGCGAUUGGAGCAGACUGUACUAGCCCAACAGUGACUGAAGCCCUUUGGAUGUUGGCCAAUACCUUGGUGGACUUGGUCAGACCAGGAGACUUUAAUCAGGCUAUGAUGGAACUGGGAGCUACAGUUUGUACUCCCAAAGCUCCCCUUUGUGCAGAGUGUCCUGUUCAGACCCACUGUAGAGCUUACCAACAGGUUAUAAAGGAACGGGAAAUGGUUUCAAAGAGACUGCUGGGUAAUACCGCUUCACAGAUCUCCUCCACCCCAGAUAUUGAAGAGUGUGGUGGUGGAGGAAACUGCCCCUUAUGUUUGCCUGAGAAGGAGCCUUGGGUUAGUGAUCUCGGAGUAAUGAAUUUUCCAAGGAAACCCACAAAGAAACCACCACGGAUAGAGCACACGCUGACUUGUGUGGUGACUCGGAGGAGGGAUAAUGACGAUACAGAAGAAUAUUUCUUGGUUCAGAGACCCAACUCUGGACUCUUGGCUGGGAUGUGGGAGUUCCCCAGCGUUCUAUUGCGGACUGAGGUGAAGGAAAAGAAGCAGAAAUGCAUAAUUUUUGAUCGGCUCACAGAAUUAAUGGGAAAUCUAGUUACUGAUACACAUUUGCAGAAUAUUGGGGAGGUAGUACAUUUGUUUUCUCAUAUUCAUCAAACCUACUUGGUGUACAGUAAUUCAUUUAGUGACGCAUCUGGUGAUACUGUGAUGCAGGAGGACCGAGAACAGCCUUGCUUCCGCUGGGUUUCUGAGGCGGAAUUCUAUCAAUCAGCUGUGCCCACUUCCAUGAAGAAGGUAUUUCGUUUGUUUAAACACUCAAGUGUGAAUGAGAAGCAAUUGGCCAAGGGUGAAAAGCUACAGUGUGGCUCUGAAAAACAUGAGGGGAAACAAAAAGGAAGAAAACGCAGAGCACCAAAAGAGGUACAGGGACAACAGCUCUCAAUUAACAGUUUUUUCCAACCUGCUGCAAUCAAGCCUCUGUAGUUAGCCAGAAAGUGUUUCAUCUUUCACGUUGGAGAGCCAGGAUUCCCUUUAAAUGCAGCACAAGGCCAAGUAUUUGUUUCACCUCCAAAGAGUUGGUUCCAUUGAAGUCCAUGAUGUGUCCAUCUACUUUCACAGCCAUUUAACUCUGGCAACUAAUUCUUGCCCAUCUGAAUAAUUUUUGCACAAGUAUGAAGAACAAAUGGCAUUGUUUUAUAUGCAUUUUCAAAAUCUACCCAUUGUAUACAUUUUUUUUAAACUUAUUUGCUAUUUGCAAAAUCAGUUAACAGUUUGUAUACUCAGAGGUCAUGUUUCUGACACAUUAAUAACUUGCUUCGUGCAUAUUGUAUUUACCUCGUCAUUAUUUUACACAGAUCCUGUAGUCUUUUGUACUGAUAUUUUCCAUCUGUCACAACAUAAAGAUUGUUUGAAGUCGCAUUUGUGUCUCCCGCAAGACUCGGUGCUCAAAAUCACUAGAUGGUUGGAGCAAAAAAAAAUGUCCCUUCUACAAUCUCCCCUGAUCUGAGAAGAACUGUUUGUAAGAAUUGCUAAAUAAAAACCAGAUCCUCUUUUUUCUGUUUAUUGGAAGGGAGGAUUAAUCACAGGGUGAAGUCUUACCAUAAAUUCCAGACACAACUUGCAAUUGGUCAUUGACCACAUCAUGAGAAACUGGCCAGGCCCUUGCCCCUUCUACCCUGUUAGCUAUUGGACGAUGGGUAACUUAGGAAAAGAGAAGUAGAAUUGAAAAAUUGUCAAUGGACUUUAAGUGGUGGUUCAUUCAACUUCUUACUUUGCUUGUAUAUUUUUGUCAAACAGAUGUUGAAAUUUUAUUGAGGCUGUUUGAUACAUUUUACUUGCUGUGUAUUCCAAAAAAGUCUAGUGUGAAUGGGAGAUCCUGUUAUGUGCUGUGCUAUUAGCACAGGUCUCAAGAAACAUUUUGAGAAUUUUUAUGUUAAUAUUGAUCAUGAAGGUUUUUGCUCUGUGUAUAAUAGGCCUAUAUAACUUUGAGUGUAAAUAUAGACUGCAACUUGUUAUUGGUUGCUUUGUAUGCCAUCUGCUAUUUUGUCAUUGUUUUCCCUUAAGAGAUGACGGUCAUCUGUUUCUAAGAGAAGAUAAAUAACAUUGCUUCAAUGUGGGGCAUCUUUUUACCUGAUGAUAAACAUUUUGUAUAUUUUUAAUGAUCAGAAGUUUUCAAAUAAAUGCACUGAAAUAUGUGUUUGAGU